AUGACGCUCAUGCUGAGUAUGCACCAUUCACUCUACGAUGGUGAGUCUUCGAAGAUGCUCCUGGAUGUCGUAACACAGUUGUACCGGGACCCGUCAGCGGAGACGGGCCGUUCCGGACUUCCGCUCUUACAGAUGUCACGUGGUCUAGAAGUGGGGCUCUUGCCGUCCGUCAUGCAGCGGCAGGACGCGUCCGCUGCUUGGGCUGAGCACCUCCGCGGCCUUAUCGAGACGGACGGUGCCGUAAACGCCCCAUUUCCUGAUCUGACAGGCUCACGCCGACCUCCACCACAUGCAAUCUUGUCAGCGAAGACUAUCAUUCCCUUCGACCUUUUAUCUCCUGCGUCCCCUGCGCCAGACGUCGGCAGACCAGACUUGUCGCGCCUUCUGCUGUCGGCGUUUGGAUGUGUUCUAGCGGCCAUUCUGGAGCUCAAGACCGUCGUUCUUGGGCAAACCGUGUCCCAGCGUAUUCUGCAUCCCGACCUUCAUUAUGUUGUAGGCCCCGCCAUCGCGACCAUCCCGGUCGCCAUCCGAGCAUGCGCGGCUAGCGCACUGGCCCUCUGGGCUGAGAUGGCCUGCGAUGCUUCCUCCCUCGGCGCACAUGCACAUCACGUGCACCCAGUCGAUAUCAAAAAGAUGGUCAAUGAGGGCAGUGAGAACGCAUCUGAGCCAUUUCCGGCACUUUUCGUCUACCACCCUGCAGCAGGAUAUGCGGACAAGGACAAAGAUAGCGUCGAACACGCGUUCUAUGAAGUCGGCAUGGCACUCCCCCUGAAGGUCGAGCAUCCCUUGGCUCUCAACAUCUUUGAAGGCGAUGGUACCAUUGAACUGACAGGCGAUGCUCGCCGAAUCUCACAAUCCAUGCUGGAUCUUCUCCUAGUCCAAAUUGUCGAUCAAGCCAGCGCAAUGCUGGCCCAUCCUGGGAUACCGUUGUCACGGCUCGCCAACCACCUGGACCGCGCCCUUAUGUCGAUUGUGGGGGAGCCACGUACACUUGUGGGCUCUGUAAUCGCACGGAACCCGGCCGAACUUGUCACCAAACAAGCAACAGACCACCCAGACUGGGUAGCUAUUGAGGAGAUUUUUUUUGGCGAAGAUGAUUCACUUUCCACUACGACCACCACAUUCGGCGAAUUGGAGAUUCUUGCCAACGCUGUCAGUUCUCGCCUUGUAGCGCUUACUAGUGCUGCAGCUGGGGACAUCGUGGCCGUGUAUCUUGAGCGCGACACCACAUCUCUUGCAGCGAUUUUGGCUAUUUUCAAGCUCAACUAUGUCUACUUACCCAUUGAUGGCGACCUCCCGCUUGAACGCAAACGGCUUUUGAUACGCGAUGCGAAUGCCAAAGUCGUUGUUACCACAGAGACGUUGGUGAGGGAUCUGGAACUGGACAACGAGCAGAAGAAAGUACCUGCGGUGUUUCUUCUUCCAGAGGGCAACAGUGGCCUGGCCACCAUACAGUCAUGGGCCAGUCAUUCACAAGAAACUGAUGCAGUCCCUAUCAGCCCAAACGAUGGCGGCUACCUCUUGUACACGUCUGGCUCCACGGGUCAGCCGAAGGGAGUGAGAGUCGCCAAUGAGAGCCUCCUGCAUUUCGUGGCCGCUAUGACACAACGUCUCACUGAAGCCAACUCCGAGAUGGCACGCCUCGGCGGCAGAGGCAAAUUCCUCAAUGUGGCCUCUCGGGCGUUUGAUACGCAUCUGACUACCAUGUUUGCGCCCUGGUACCUUGGCUUCAGCUCUGUCAUCGGAAAGGACCGCAACGGUAUUUUGGCCAACUUGCAACACGUCAUAAACACUGUCGGAAUCACGAACAUGGGUACCGUACCGUCAGUUCUGCUGCGACUUGGCCUGCAAUUGUCGGAUGUGCCGUCGAUUCGUGUCAUGACCUUUGGCGGCGAAAAGGCAUCACAUGCCCUCUUCGACCAAUUGCGUGGCGGUGAUGAGAGCGGAGACGGGUCAAAGACUGCCUUGAUGAACUUUUACGGCCCAACCGAGGCAACUGUGGGUUGCUUGAGCCAUGUCAUCGGACACCAUUCCAACGCACGCAACCUCGGCCUUCCGCUACCAGGUCUACAGGCGCUUCUCCUUGUAUCCAACAAUGACAGCGACGAGCAGGUUGUAGCUCGAAGGGGUCAGCCUGGAGAAUUUUGCAUUUCCGGACCACAGGUUGCUGUGGGUUAUCUGAAUCGCCCCGACGAAAAUGCCCGCAGCUUCCAGGAUACCUCCCUGUUGGAUAUCAAUGGCACAAAAAAGCGUAUUUACCGUACGGGUGACAUCAUGCGCAUGAUGCACGACAGCACCGUUGAGUUCCUCGGUCGUCGUGAUCAGCAGACAAAGAUCCGUGGCCAGCGCUUUGAGAUUGGCGAGGUCGAGGAACAAAUCAAAAAGGCCAUCGUUGACCAAGGCCCUUUUGAUGUUGCAGCCGCCGUGGUGGACGAACGGCUCAUCGGCCUCGUAGCACGAAAAGUUGAUUCUCUCUUCAAAGCAGAGCGCGACGCUCCGGCCGAGAUUCUCUCCCCCCCACCGAGUCAGGCACACCGAGACGUACUAAUCGCCGCCGAGAAGGCUUGCCAGAGGGACCUUCCUGCGUAUAUGGUACCGGAAAUGAUGUGGCUGUCCAAAAUACCAUUCCUCGCGGCCUCGGGGAAGCUUGACACCAAGCACAUUGCGAAUCUGGUGCGGAAUUCCGAUACCGUUCUGGGCACCGGAAUUCAAUGCCCCGGCAUGUCAACUGCCGCUGGUUCCCCGUCUGGUAACCUUUCAGGACCAGAAAAAGAAGUUCUCUCUGCCCUUACAGAAGUAUUAGAUGGCCUAAACAGCACCGACGUGUCUUCAUCUAGCAACCUUCGCAGCCUCGGAAUCGACAGUUUGUCGGGUGUGCAUCUGCUGUCGGUACUCAAGCGCCGCGGCUUUCGGUAG